GGUCGCGGGCCGGCGGAGGCCGGCCCGUGAGCGGCGCGCAAAAUGGGCAGGUGCUGCUUUUACACGGUGGGGACUCUGUCCUUGCUCCUGCUGGUGACCAGCGUCACGCUGCUGGUGGCCCGGGUCUUCCAGAAGGCCGUGGACCAGACGAUCGAGAAGAAUAUCGUGUUAAGGAAUGGCACUGAGACCUUUGACUCUUGGGAGAAGCCUCCUCUGCCUGUGUAUACCCGGUUCUAUUUCUUCAAUGUCACCAAUCCAGAGGAGAUCCUCCAAGGGGAAACCCCUCAGGUUACAGAAGUGGGGCCAUACACCUACAGGGAGCUCAGAGACAAAGCAAAUAUACAAUUUGGGGACAAUGGAACAACAAUAUCUGCUGUUAGCAACAAGGCCUAUGUUUUUGAACAAGAUCUAUCCGUCGGAGACCCUAAAAUUGAUUUGAUUAGAACAUUAAAUAUUCCUGUAGUGACUGCCAUGGAAUGGGCCCAUAAUCACUUCCUUAAAGAGAUCAUCGAGGCCAUGAUGAAGGCCUAUCAGCAGAAGCUGUUUGUGGUACACACCGUCCAUGACUUGCUCUGGGGCUACAAGGAUGAGCUCUUAUCCCUCAUCAGUGUUUUCAGACCUGACAUCUCUCCCUAUUUUGGUUUGUUCUAUGGGAAAAAUGGAACUAAUGAUGGAGACUAUGUUUUCCUAACCGGAGAAGACAAUUACCUUAACUUUACAAAGAUUGUGGAAUGGAAUGGAAAAAAGUCACUUGACUGGUGGAGAACAGAGAAGUGCAAUAUGAUUAAUGGAACAGAUGGUGAUUCUUUUCAUCCAUUAAUAACCAAAGAUGAAACCCUUUAUGUCUUUCCAUCUGAUUUUUGCAGGUCAGUGUAUAUAACUUUCAGUGGCUUUGAGAGCGUAAAGGGACUGCCUGCCUUUCGAUAUAAGGUACCUGCAGAAAUAUUAGCCAAUACCUCAGAAAAUGCUGGCUUCUGUAUACCUGAAGGAAACUGCUUGGGCUCGGGAGUCUUAAACGUCAGCAUCUGCAAGAAUGGUGCACCCAUUAUUAUGUCUUUCCCACACUUCUACCAAGCAGAUGAAAAGUUUCUUUCUGCCAUAGUUGGCAUGCAUCCAAAUGAGGAAUAUCAUGAGACAUUUGUGGACAUUAAUCCUUUGACUGGUAUUAUCCUAAGAGCAGCCAAGAGGUUUCAAAUCAAUGUUUAUGUCAGGAAAUUAGAUGACUUUGGUGAGACUGGAAACAUUAGAACGCUGGUUUUCCCAGUGAUGUAUCUCAAUGAGAGUGUUCUCAUUGAUAAUGAGACUGCAAAUCGUCUGAAGUCUGUGAUUAACACUACUUUGAUCAUCACCAAUAUACCCUACAUCAUCAUGGCACUGGGUGUGUUCUUUGGUUUGAUCUUUACCAGGCUUGCGUGCAAAGGACAGGGAUCCAUGGAUGAGGGAACAGCAGAUGAGAGAGCACCCCUCAUACGAACCUAACCAUCAUGUGAGCUUGGUGAAGGAAUUGUGAGCUGUCCUGACCUGUCCCACAUCAUGAGGAAAUCCUCAGCAUCUGUACAGGCUUGUUACCUGUUGUAGAGAAGAGGGAGAGGAACCAGUGUUGGCAAGUGAUGAGAACAUUCUGGCCAGCAGGUUAAAGAACAGGCUGACAUGGUUGGCCAUUAUGCUUUAUAAAAUCAUGUGGUCCCUGACAAACUGUUUUGUUUUUCAUGUGUCUAGCAAGUAUUUAAUAUAAAGACUUAUA